GCACUGCCUGUUUCUCCUAGCGCGAACUGCUGGGUUUCAGCCUGCGAGUUUGCAGCUGUGGGAGGAGAUGCAGGAGGCGGGUGGAUGGUGCGUUUGCUGGUGAGGUGGAGGCGGCUCAGCAUGAGCACCUGGGAGUCCGGGAAGGCGCUGGGGGUGCCCACGGUUCCCCUUUCCAAUGGCUUAAAUAUCCCCGUAUUGGGGCUGGGAACAUCCCAUCAAGGUGGCUACUCCCAUGAUGCUGUGAUGUAUGCACUUCAAAAAUGUGGCAUUCGUCAUAUUGACACAGCUAAGAGAUAUGGCUGUGAAUCAUACCUGCAGAAGGCUAUCGAGAAUUGUGGUGUAAAGCGGGAGGAUCUCUGGAUAACUACCAAACUCUGGCAUACAGACUAUGGCUACGAGAACACUAAACAAGCCUGUUUAGAGUCCUGCAAGAGACUUGGCGUGGAGUAUCUAGAUCUUUACUUGGUGCAUUGGCCUGAUGCACAGGUGCCUGGGAAAAGCAAUAGAAAGGUCAGAGCAGAGACCUGGCGAGCCAUGGAGGAGCUGUAUGAGAAAGGUUUCUGCCGAUCUAUUGGAGUAAGCAACUUCCUCAUUGAUCAUUUGGAGCAGCUAAAGGAAGACUGCCAGGUAACUCCACAUGUAAAUCAGGUUGAAUAUCAUCCUUUCCAAAGGCCUCAGGAAUUAGUGGAUUACUGCCGAAGCAGGAAUAUUGUUUUCGAAGGCUAUUGCCCACUAGCUAAAGGUGAAGCACUUCAUCACCCUAACAUAGUUCAGCUUGCAAAGAAAUAUGGCAGAACUCCAGCCCAAAUCUGUAUACGCUGGAGCAUACAGAAUGGCAUUGUCACUAUUCCAAAGUCUACAAAACCAGAGAGGGUCCAGGAAAACUGUCAGGUCUUUGAUUUUAGGCUCGAAAAAGAAGAUAUGGAGUGUUUAGACUCAAUGAACAUCAACAGAAAACUGAUCCACCUUACCUACCCAUUAUGGAAAGGAUAAUCUUGAACAAAGUUGUUGCAGAUUGCAGUAGUUCAAAACAUGAUAUCUGGACUGCCUCAAGUCUGUCUCCACCAUUUUGCUUUAAUGUAUUCUGAGCGGCUGCAAAUGACACAUGAUGAAUACUGCAUGCACAAACCUAUCUUAUUAACAAAUUAUUUAGGGCAACCUAAUGUUCCCAUCUUCCAAUCACACAAAAGUACUUUUUGGAAAAUGGUGAUUCAUUCUUCAGCUCAGCUAGAUCUGGGUAAAAUUGACAUUGUUGAAGUCAGCUACAGUCCUGUGAUUCUAGCCAUGUGUGAGACAAAUGGAGUUUGCCACUGGAUGCUGUAAAAAAUAAAUGGUCUGCUUAAUUUAAGGUC